AUCAAAGACCUAUCAAAUAUAAAGCUUCAAAUAAUCUGUCCUAUUUUUUAUCAGCUUAGCACUCUCAAUGCAAGGUGAUCCAAUAUGAAUUAGAAUUCUGAGCCCACAAUUCACAGCCCAAAAGUCCAAGAUCUCAACCGCCAGGCCUCCACAAGAAAUCGAUUCGUUCAUUUUUCCCGGAACUCCCUCGUCUCGCUACUCACCCGGUGAGAAAAAUCUCGGGUCACCGCCUCUAUGACAACCCGCUGUCCGUUUCUCCUCCCCCUCUUCCUCCUCUUCCUCCUCGCACCGCCACCGCCGUCGGCGAGCGGCCUCUGGCUAGGGCAGUUGAAGACCCUCCUCUCCCUUUCCCGCUCCCUCCUGACCCGCGUCGCCAACGCCCGCGCCACCCGCGGUGACCUCGCCGGCGCCGCCCGGGCCCGGAAGAUCGCCGACAAGCUCCGCCUCCUCGGCAGCGGCGAAGGCGGAGGUAUCUGGUCGCUGGGCUGGGACUUCGCCCGGAACUAUGCUUGGCGUGGCGGACUCCCCACCGCCGAGGUCUCCCGCGCCGCUUCUCAACUCCUGGCCGCCCUCGUCGAAUUCUCUCGCAUCGAUUCGCCCACGGAGAAGGCCCGGUGGGCGGUCCGGAAUUACCUUAACCUGCUCGCUCUCUCCAAUUCUCUCCUCGAAAAACUUCUCCAUGCCUUCUCUCGAUCGGGGCCUUUGAGGGAGAUGGUGUUGGUGAUUCAGGAGGAGGCAGCGGAGGGGGAGCUCAUUAGGGAUUGUUUGGAGGUAGGUGCUGCUGAUUUAGAGGGCCUGGUUCGGAUAGCUAGAGAUCUCUUCUUCUCUUCCAAUUCUUCUGAUGAUGGAGAACUCUAAGCUGCGGUCCUUUUGUCUCAGAUUUUUCCGUCGACUGGAUCCAGAUGGACAUGUUGCUCUCUUUGGUCUAACAAGAUGUUAAUGAAAUUGUCAGGGGAAUUGUCUUGAUUUAAAAUGGCAAGUCAAGAACUUAAGAUUGCCCGGCUGAUCCAAACCUUUGGAUGACGAAUUGCUUACCUGCCCAUCCAGAAGCUUACUUUAUCUUAAAUGAAUGAAUGCAUCAGAAAAAAGAAAUGCUUUGAGAUGUGAUGGUGGAUAAAAAUAUGGUGAAUGGUUCUUCCUCCUGAUGAAAGUCAGCUUGAUAUAGAUUCAGACAAUCUAGUGCCUAUGAAAGUUAACCUGAUUUUGUUCAGAUAGUCUGUAAAUUCUUUGGAGAACGAAGAAGAGAUCCAAGAUGUGCUUGUGUGCUACACCGCUCUCUAGCAUAGACAACGAUAAAACAGAAAAUUUGUGAUCGAAUUAGUGAAAUGAUGCUUGACCAUAUGUGAAAUUUCAAUCAAUUGUCUCUACUCUCUUUUGGAGGGCAAGUUUUUUGCAGUGCGAAGCAUUCUUUUGUAGUUUUUCAGUCUUAUGAUCUGUUGUAAGGAUGGCAGUUUUUUCAUUCUGUUAAUGAUAUUAUUAUCCAUGGUCUAUUUUC